AUGCCUCCAACAUCCAAUUCGCAGUACCUCUCCACCGUGCUCAACGACUCCAACGCGCUCAUCCCCUCGCACGCCGCGGGCGCGCCAGCCGCAACCAACACACCUCCGCGCGCACGCCCCAGCUCCACGCUUUCCACCACACAACCCCAAACCCAAGCGCAGCACCCGUCCUUCACGCCCGCCCAGCGCAGCGCACAGGCGCGCGGCGCGCCGUUCGCGGACCGGCGCGAGGCAGAGAGCUACGCGGGACGCGCGCGCCGCGACGCCGCUGCAGCGGUGCUAGAGAGUCAGGAGCUGUUGAUCUGGUACGCGGCCGCGCGGAACGAGAGCGUCGCGCAGACGCGACGGGCAUUCCAGAACGUUGUUUUCGGGGUGGGGCCGGAUGUUGUGGUUUGGCGGGAGGAGUGGGAGGUCAAGGGGAGGGAGGAUGGGGUUGGCAGUCCCAAGGGGAAGGGCAGGGUGCGGGAAGCGGAUGGGAGGCGGGGGACGCCGAGGAAGCGGGGCGGUGCUGCGGCGUCGAGUGGUGCGUUUGGAGAGAGUGGGGUGAUGGGGUAG